AUGCGCUCCGAACUCCUCCUAACCCUCCUCUCCGCCAACCUCGCAACCUCCUCCUCCCCAUUCUACACCGAACCCCAAUACCCAAUCAUCGAGACCGAAGAUGCCUCUGCCUCCCCUUCAUCCUUUCAAUGCGACCUCCCGCCCCCCGUAACCCCCACCGACGGCCUCCCCUCCGCCCGCGACCUCUUCACCUCCAAAGCCGCCGUCCAGAAACAAGUCGAGCGGCACGCGGCACUCGUCCGCGUCCCGUCAAUCUGCUACGACGACCUCGGCGACUUCGACAAGGACGAGCGCUGGAACGUCUUUUACGAGCUUCAUGAUGUGUUGAAGAAGACGUAUCCCGUCUUCCACGCCCGCUCAACCCUCGAAAAAGUAAACACUUUCGGCCUAGUCUACACCCUCAAGGGAACAAACCCAUCCCUCAAACCCCUCCUCCUCGCAGCCCACCAAGACGUCGUCCCCGUCGCCGACGCCGCCACCUGGACCUACCCGCCCUUCUCCGCCCACUACGACGGCGAGUGGAUGUGGGGCCGAGGCGUCUCCGACGACAAGAACUCCUUCACCGCCCUCCUCUCCGCCCUCGAGACACUCCUAUCCCUUUCUGGUGACGAUGGAAGCUACGCCUGGACCCCUACCCGCACGAUCAUCCUCGCCUCCGGCUUCGACGAAGAGUGCUCCGGCGCCCGCGGCGCAGGCCACAUCGCCACGCACCUCCAGCAGACAUGGGGCAACGACAGCAUGGCCCUCGUGCUCGACGAAGGCGGCAUGGGCCUCCAGCAGCUCGACGACGGCACGCUCUAUGCCCUCCCAGCCGUCAUGGAAAAGGGCCACGUCGACAUCUGGAUCAACCUCCACGUCACAGGUGGCCACUCCUCCGUCCCCUUCCCCCACACGGGCAUCGGCAUCGUCUCCGAAAUGGUUGUCGCCCUCGAAUCGAAGCCGUACUCCCCUCAACUCACCACCUCCAGCCCCCUGUACGAACAUAUGGUCUGCCAGGCGCGCUACUCGCCCGACGCCCAGCCCAGAAUCACCCGGCUCUUGGAGGAAGGUGACCUCGACGCCCUCGCGGCGGAGCUAAUCUCCAUUGAUCGCCCGACGCACUACCGCCUCCAGACCUCGCAGAGCGUAGACUACUUCCAGGCCGGUCAAAAGAUCAAUGCCAUGCCCGAGAAGAUCAAGGUCGGCGUGAACUACCGCGUCGCGCCGCAGAACAGCAUCCCCGAGAUACAGCACAAUGUCGUCAAGUACAUUAGCGGUAUCGCCGAAAAGUACGGCAUCAAGAUCAAGGCUUUCGAGGGCGACGACGAGUACGAAAAGUACGCUGCGCUGCACAAGUCAAAGGACAUUGGGUUGAUGAAGAAGCUCGAGGAUGGCGUGAAGCCCUUAUACGACGUCGAUUACAACGGCACGCUCUUCCUCAGCCGCACGCAGGCGACGCUGCCCGCUCCCAUCUCACCCACCACCGGACCGAUCUGGGAUCUCUUCUCGGGGACGCUGCAGUCCAGCUUCCAAUUUGACGAUGGCAAAGUCGUGCCCGUGGGCGAGCUGAUGACCGGAAACACCGAUACGAGGCACUACCUGGGCCUUACUCGCAACGUCUACCGUUUCGUACCUAUCCGCAACGGGUACACCAUCAACGCCCACACCAUCGACGAGAGGAUCAAGUUUGACGCACACAUGGAAAUCCUUAGAUUCUACUACGACCUCAUUCGCAACUUUGAUGCCUCAGACGCCUAG